GGAGCCUCCAGCGGGUGCAGCCGCGCGCGGCUGGCCGAGGGCGCUGGAGAUGAAAGUCAAGCGCUCCGGAGCCGCAUGGACGGAGCUGCCGGGGCGGCGGCGCCGGGAGCAGGAUGCGGCCGCCCGUAAUUAAAUAGCAUUUACUCUUAUUAUUACUAAUAAUAAUAACGUAAUCAUACCUCUAGUCAUAGCAUACCAUUUAUCGGGCUCGGCGCAGGCCCGCGGGGAGCGCAGCCCGGCCGAGAGACUGAUGGAGAGGCAGAAACGGAAGGCGGACAUCGAGAAGGGGCUGCAGUUCAUUCAGUCAACACUACCCCUAAAGCAAGAAGAAUAUGAAGCCUUUCUGCUCAAGCUGGUGCAGAAUCUGUUUGCUGAAGGCAAUGAUUUGUUCCGGGAGAAGGACUAUAAGCAGGCCCUUGUGCAGUACAUGGAGGGGCUGAAUGUGGCUGACUACGCUGCCUCCGACCAGGUGGCCCUGCCCCGGGAGCUGCUGUGCAAGCUGCAUGUCAACAGGGCUGCCUGCUACUUCACCAUGGGACUGUACGAGAAAGCGCUAGAGGACAGCGAGAAGGCGCUGGGGCUGGACAGUGAGAACAUCCGGGCGCUGUUCCGCAAGGCACGCGCCCUCAACGAGCUGGGACGCCACAAGGAGGCCUAUGAGUGCAGCAGCCACUGCUCCCUUGCCCUACCCCACGAUGAAAUUGUCACUCAGCUGGGUCAGGAGCUGGCUCAGAAGCUCGGGCUGCGAGUUCGGAAGGCAUAUAAGAGGCCCCAGGAAUUGGAAACCUUUUCUCUGCUCAGUAAUGGCACUGCAGCUGGCGUGGCAGAUCAGGGCACUUCCAACGGAUUGGGGUCCAUAGAUGACAUCGAAACAGACUGCUAUGUGGACCCGCGAGGCUCCCCGGCCCUCCUCCCCUCCACCCCCAUGAUGCCCCUGUUCCCUCACGUUCUGGACCUGCUGGCCCCCCUGGACAGCAGCAGCAGGGUCCUCCCCGGCACCGAGAGCCUGGAUGAUUUUUCAGACGGGGAUGUCUUUGGGCCAGAGCUGGACACCCUCCUGGACUCUCUGUCUCUGGUGCAGGGGGGCCUGCCCGGCAGCGGCAUGCCUAGUGAGUUGCCCCAGCUGAUACCCGUGUUCCCCGGUGGGACUCCGCUGCUGCCACCUGUGGUGGGUGGCUCCAUCCCUGUCUCCAGUCCACUGCCCCCUGCCUCCUUCGGCCUUGUCAUGGACCCCUCCAAGAAGCUGGCUGCCUCCGUGCUGGAGGCCCUCGACCCCCCAGGCCCCACCCUGGACCCCCUAGACCUGCUGCCGUACUCAGAGACCCGGCUGGAUGCCCUCGACAGCUUCGGGUCGACCCGAGGCUCCCUGGACAAGCCUGACUCCUUCAUGGAGGAGAGCAACUCCCAGGACCACCGUCCCCCAAGCGGCACACAGAAACCAGCCCCCUCGCCAGAGCCCUCCAUGCCCAACACUGCCCUGCUCAUCAAGAACCCCUUGGCUGCCACCCACGAGUUCAAGCAGGCCUGCCAGCUCUGCUACCCCAAGACAGGACCCAGGGCUGGCGACUACACCUAUCGUGAGGGCCUUGAGCACAAGUGCAAGCGGGACAUCCUACUUGGCCGGCUCCGGAGCUCAGAGGACCAGACCUGGAAGCGGAUCCGGCCCCGGCCCACCAAGACCAGCUUCGUGGGCUCCUACUACCUGUGCAAAGACAUGAUUAACAAGCAGGACUGUAAGUACGGGGAUAACUGCACCUUCGCCUACCAUCAGGAGGAGAUCGACGUGUGGACCGAGGAGCGGAAGGGCACCCUCAACCGCGACCUGCUCUUUGACCCGCUGGGGGGUGUACAGCGCGGCAGUCUCACCAUCGCCAAGCUCCUCAGGGAGCACCAGGGCAUCUUCACUUUCCUCUGUGAGAUCUGCUUUGACAGUAAGCCCCGGAUCAUCAGCAAAGGCACCAAGGACUCCCCAUCUGUUUGCUCCAACCUGGCUGCCAAGCACAGCUUCUAUAACAACAAAUGCCUGGUGCACAUCGUCCGCUCCACCUCCCUCAAGUACUCCAAGAUCCGCCAGUUCCAGGAGCACUUCCAGUUUGACGUAUGCCGCCACGAGGUGCGCUACGGCUGCCUGCGGGAGGACAGCUGCCACUUUGCCCACAGCUUCAUCGAGCUCAAGGUCUGGCUACUGCAGCAGUACUCAGGCAUGACCCACGAAGACAUCGUUCAGGAAUCCAAGAAAUACUGGCAGCAGAUGGAAGCCCACGCAGGGAAGGCCGGCAGCAGCUUGGGUGCCCCUCGGACACAUGGGCCCAGCACCUUUGAUCUGCAGAUGAAGUUUGUGUGUGGCCAGUGCUGGAGGAACGGGCAGGUGGUAGAGCCUGACAAGGACCUCAAGUACUGCAGUGCCAAGGCCCGGCACUGCUGGACCAAGGAGCGGCGGGUCCUUCUGGUAAUGUCCAAGGCCAAGAGGAAAUGGGUGUCAGUGAGGCCACUGCCAUCCAUUCGCAACUUCCCACAGCAAUACGAUCUCUGCAUCCACGCGCAGAACGGCCGCAAGUGCCAGUACGUGGGGAACUGCUCCUUCGCACAUAGCCCUGAGGAGAGGGACAUGUGGACAUUCAUGAAGGAGAACAAGAUCCUGGACAUGCAGCAGACCUAUGACAUGUGGCUGAAAAAACACAACCCAGGGAAGCCCGGGGAAGGGACCCCAAUCAGUUCUCGGGAAGGGGAGAAGCAGAUCCAGAUGCCCACGGACUAUGCCGACAUCAUGAUGGGCUACCACUGCUGGCUCUGUGGCAAGAACAGCAACAGCAAGAAGCAGUGGCAGCAGCACAUCCAGUCCGAGAAGCACAAGGAGAAGGUCUUCACGUCUGACAGCGACGCCAGUGGCUGGGCCUACCGCUUCCCCAUGGGCGAAUUCCGGCUCUGUGACAGGUUCCAGAAGGGCAAGGCCUGUCCGGACGGGGACAAAUGUCGCUGCGCCCAUGGCCAGGAGGAGCUCAACGAGUGGCUGGACCGGCGCGAGGUGCUGAAGCAGAAGUUGGCCAAGGCCCGCAAGGACAUGCUUCUGUGCCCACGGGACGAUGACUUUGGCAAAUACAACUUCCUGCUGCAAGAGGACAGGGACACUGCUGGUGCCUCCUCAGAAGCCCCUGCUGCUGCCGCCACCACAGGGGAGUAGGGCCAUGGGCAAAGUCAUGGGGUCAGGGAGUGGGGAUGGGGACAGAGGGCCUGAUAGAAGGACCAGGGCAGGCCACUGGGGGUGGGGGACCACCCUCAUCAGGCAGCCCCUGCCCCCUGGUGCCCCAUCCAUCCUCUCCACCCCCACCACCCCAGGUGUGCAUACCCAGGUGCACUUGCUGCAGCCCUAAGCAGUCCCAGGGUCCUUGUCCUGCUGAAAGCUGGGCAGACCCUCCUCCUCCCCCACCCCACAGCUCUCCUGGUUGGGGAGGGAAGGGCCUGGCUGACCCCUCCAGCUUCAGCCUACAGCUUUAACUUCUGUUUGCUCCUACAGGGGGCCCAAAGCUCAGGGCUGGGGAGCCUGGGGUCCCCACUUGAAUCUGCAGCAGGAGGGUCCUUCUCCUUGCCCCACCCUCACCCUAUCCCCCUCCCUGGGGGCAGAUCAGGACACAACAGAGGGCAGGAGGCCCUGAAAAGCUUUAAAAUGCAGCCCCAGCAUGGAGCUGGGAACACUGUACUGGUCACUUAUCCUCUGGGGCCUCAGUUUCCCCUCUGGUUGGAAGAGUGGGAGGGACUGGGCUGGACGACCUCUGGAGCCUGGCUAAGGAGUCUAGGUUCUCUCUGAUGCCACCACCCCAUCCCCUCUCCCUGUGGGCCAGUGAAUGUAGAGUGUAGAUCCUCAGAGCCUUCAGAGAUGAAGGCUCAAACCCCCACCCCCACCCCCUGCCCCCCGCCGCCCGUUGUGCAGAUAGGAAAACAAACCUGGGAGGAAGGAGUGAUCUGCCCCAGCGUCUCCAGCACACAACACGGGGCACAGCUGGGAUGACAACAGUGGUCAGAAGACUCAGGGCCAGUUGUUGGCUGGAGCCUCCAGGCUCCUUGGUGGGGGUACAACAGCCUCUGAAUCAGUGUGCAGCUGGGGAAGGGAGGCUGGGGGAGGGCUGCAAUAUCAGCACCACAUGGAGGGACAGUCCCCUCCCGAGGAUGGUUGUAGGCAGGGAGUGUGGCAGCAGAGGUUACUUCCCCAUGCUCAAGGAGAGGCAGCAAAGGGCAGGGCAUCACGAGCUCAGGUUCUGCAUGAGGCACAGGGGGUGGAAGAUGGGGGUCCGAGGGAUAUGGAGAAAAGAGAGGCUUGAUCCUAGGCACGAUGGCCCACUCCAGGAUGGGACACGUCCUCUUUCCUGGGGACUCAACACGGUCCUGUCCCCUAGACUCAGAUGUGCAGUUAUGACCGCCUGUCCCAGCCCCUCCCCGAUUCCCAGCCCUGCCAGCUGCCUGGGACCCCAGCUGACCCCCAGCUUCUGCCCCCACCCACCAAGGCCUCUUGCAUCCCUCUCGUUGAUGUGUGUGUGUGCACCCUCUCCUCUCUAUCUCACCCUCAUGGGCAGACCCAGCCUCCCCUAGUUCCCCAGACAUUCCAGAAUGCCCCACGUAAUUGGCACAAGGAGUGGGGCACCCCCGGAAGGAACCAGGGACCAAGGCUGUGGGGGGUGGGACGGAGAGAAUGGAAUGCCCCGUACCUCUCCUCAAGCAAGGAUUGAUAGUGCGUGAUGACAUAAUGACAGACACCCAGGCUGUAGAGUCUGUUCCUCUUGCCACCACUGCUCAACUGUUUCCCGAUAAUCUAAUUGUGGCAUGCACCCUUUCCUCCCUGCCCCCACCCCCCACCCCCAGCAGGCCAGCACUGCAGAGUUCGGGUGCUGGUGGCGUGGCUGGAGGGGAGGAGAGACCACACACAGGGUGGGGGCCACGGCCGUGAAUGUCGAUGACACUUGUUUUCCCUGAUCCAUGGUGUUGCAGUCUGUUGUCACCAGCCUUGUUUUUAGUGUGUAUAUAUGUCGCCCCCGUGAUGCAUAUAUACACAGGUAUUAAAUAUAUCACUCUAUAUAAUAUUAUAUAUGUGUGUGGUAUCCAAGGAAUCAUUUCUAAUGAGGGCUAAAGAUAAAGAAUUUGGCCAGAAAAUGCAGCCAUCCUUGCAUGAUUAGGAGGAUUUCAGGGGGGUCACCAGACUAUGCAAGGAGACAGGGACUGGAGGCAUGGUUCGGAGGUGAUUUGGGCAGCGGGGGCUGCAGUGGCCCCCGCCUGGGCCUAGCUGUGCUUGAUAGUUUCCCAGAUCACUCCAGUCCAGUGGAGAGACGGCAGCAAGGAGUGCUCAGGGAGAGAAAUGAUUUGUGUUUGUCUCCUUCCCAAAGGAAUAGGGUUAGAGUCCAGAGUUUUCAUCUUCAGCCUGUUAUAUGUCCAGGGACCCUUGGGAUCUGGGCUCCUUGGCCUGGCCAGAGCUGGAUCCUCCACAGAGUAGAGAAGAGAGAGUGGGAGGCAGGGAGUGGGGGGGGAUGGGGGUGCAAGAAAACACUUAAUGCUGAGGAUAACUAUUUCAGAUGUGACCACUCUAGGGCCCCUGGCCAGGAGGCUCAGUGAGUUGAAUCCAGGGUCUGUGCCCACCCCUAGCAGGCAGGGACAAGACAGUAUGGUGAAUGUGGGGGUGGGGGUGGGGUGGAGAGGGAUGCUGCAUUUCUCAGCUGGGCAGUAAUCAAUUUAAUGGUCCUUUUAAAAUGUCUGUGUAUUAAAAAUUUAAGAAUACCACACUUUAAUAUUAAAUAUUCAUAAGGUCUAGUAUCUUGAUAAUAAUGUAGAUGUUUUAAUAACAAUUUUUGUCCUUCUUAAAAUAAAAUGAAAGAAACUUGCUUCUUUUAGCCUUUGUUCUAGAAAAUAAAUAUGUGCACUUUGACCUCUG